UCCAAUCUAGAACUGGCAAGCCCACUGACAGAACACUUAAUAUGCUUCAAGAGACAUAUCGUGCUCUGUGAAUAACUAAUUCAAACGUUUCUGCAGCCUUUUAAGCAUAUCCUUUUCAAACGUCUAGUGCACUUGCAAUGGAUUUUAAAGAGCUGGGAGGUGAGGACAACUCCGACGGAGAUACUGAGGGAGAAGCUGAGGAUUUAAACAAUGUGAAAGCACUUACCGAAAAACUAAAGUUACAAACCCGCAGACCAUCCUACAAUGAAUGGCAGGAGCGCUUGCAGAGCCGACCGUGGAAGGAAAACCCAAGUGGUUCAGAAAUUGGCCAAGAGACUGCAGAGAAAUAUGUGUACUUGCCUGAAAUUAUGCGGGAUGAGAACUCAGAUCUAACCAUCCGCAACAUCUGUGGCUUCGAUACCAUUGAUGAUGCGUUGGAAUUUCUUAGGAAAGAGCUGAGGGAGAUGCGGUUCCAGGACAACUGUCUGGCUCGGCAGCUGAUCCGUCUGCGUGUGGAGAUCCACCGGCUGAAGGUGGAGCAGGUGUGUCACUGUCACAAGGAGAUGCUGGACAACGCCACCUACGAGCUGGAGGAGUGUGGUGAGGAGUCUGACCUGCUCUGUGACAUCCCCAUGAAGGCUGCCUUUGCCCUCUCCACCCCCCUCAAACACCUUGGCCUCACCAAGAUGAACAUCAACUUCCGACGCUUCUCCCUCUGUUAAAACAUAUUCCACCCUGUGAGGAUGGAUUUACUGUAUUAACACCUCUGUCUAAUCUACGCAGGGUAAUCAGGGGUGUUUCCACUGCAAAUGUUUAUGUUAUGACACGAGAGGGAAGACGAAUGGCUGGAAGAGUGUGCAGACAGUAAUUAGCCAAGUGGGAGGAAAUGGAAAUGACUCCUUUGAUCCGUGCCCCAGCCCUGACUUGAGAUAGAUAGAUACAGGCCUCCAUAGUAGAGCCCUGUAGGGGCACGACACAACCCCAUUGCAUAGCAGCACCUUUCUACUGUACCUCAUGGAAGGUGCUGACUGAUAGGUCAGAGUAGAUAGACAGGGAAGAUAGUGAUGAGGUGUGGAUCUGGGGUGGAGGUGGUGUGAGUCUGGAUCACCAUGCUGUCAGAUCAAUUGCACUGUACAAAAGCAAUAGUUAAGAUGACCUUCUGAUAGAAUGAAGAAGACUGCCAUGAUGGUGAACCCUACUGUAACUAGAGAUGUCUCUUGAGAGUUGCACAGGGGAAUUGUCUUUCUUCAGAUGAAGAAACAUCUAUCACAGCGCUAACACUCACUAACAUGAGUUCCAUACUGUAAUCCCAGUCCAGGAGGAAGUAUGUAUCAGACACUAGUCACAUCACAAGGGACAUGUUCCCAAACCCUGUUGACAGCCCAGGCCCUCCCCUCUGUGUUGGCAGAGUCCCAGACAGCAGUACACAGGAAGCUGGAGGUCACAUUCCAGCAUUCUGUUACCUCUUCUUCAGAGACCAAAAAUAACAAGGUCCUCCAUGUGGUCAUGGCUUCAAGGAUAUGACAUAAUUAGAACCUAUGCCCUAUGUACUCCAUGCAUUUUAUUUUCCAUUAGAUGAUACAGAUGUUGUAGGCCCAAAGUGACAGUGUUGUGUCAGAUUAUCAGGGUUGAGUUUAGAUGUAUUUAAAGAUAUCGUUCUCAGGAAGAGAGAAAGCAGGAGAAACUGAAAGUAUCUUUGGGGAAAUUUUGAACAGAAUUUGGUGGGUUUUUAUCGAUAUUUGCUGAAAAGUACCCAACAAAGUUUAAAACUUUGUUACAAAGUUGUAAUACAUCAAAAUAUAGAUUUGUAAGUGCCUUAUGUACAGAGUUUUCUCCUAUAUAAUACAGGAAUAUGUUAUGGUUAUCAUUUAAUGUAUGAGGGAAAUAUAAAUGACUGGAGACAGAGCUGUUCUUUGAAGAUGCUUGUUACAUUUACAUUUACGUCAUUUAGCAGAUGCUCUUAUCCAGAGCAACUUACAAAUGGGCUUGUUGUUAAAAGUUUUUUUGUUUGUUAUUAACUCACAUGUAAAAAGGCAACAAACUUGAAAUUGAAAAUAAUGUUGUUUUUUGUUGUCUGCAUGUCUGUCUAUCCAUUAGAGAACUGGGUAAAUGACCUCCGUCAUCACCUGAGACCUCCCUGAGUGCUCAGUUAGCUGUAACCUUUCACAUCCUGAAAUCCGAUUAAUGCACAGUUUCAUCUUUCAACUGCAUCAGCUAUUUAUAUUUUUUAAAUGAUGUGGUGUAGGCUUAACUUAUCAGAAAACACCUUAAAGGUCCAAUGCAGCUGUUUUCUUUAUCUCAAUAUCAAAUAAUUUUUGGGUAACAAUUAAGUACCUUAUG